AUGAGCAACAUUUAUAUCCAAGAACCACCCACGGCGGGGAAGAUUCUCCUGAAAACAACGGUGGGCGAUAUCGAUAUAGAGCUUUGGUCAAAGGAAUGCCCAUUAGCUAGCCGGAACUUUAUUCAACUGUGUCUGGAAGGGUACUACAACGGGACAAUAUUCCAUCGGGUCGUGAGAGGCUUUAUCGUACAGGGAGGCGAUCCAAAUGGAGAUGGAACCGGAGGAGAAUCGGUGUACGGCCAUCCGUUCAAAGAUGAGUUCCAUUCCCGUUUGCGUUAUGUUCGCCGGGGACUUGUCGGUAUGGCAAAUUCUGGCAAAAAUGAUAACACUUCACAGUUCUUCUUCACCUUGGGGCCCACACCGGAACUGCAGAAUCAGAACACAAUCUUCGGGAAGGUGGCGGGCGACACCAUAUACAACAUGCUAAAAUUGGAGGAAGGCGAAGUGUAUGAAAAUGAAAGACCUCACUUUGAACAUCGCAUAAUUCGUACCGAUGUGCUCAGCAACCCAUUCGAGGACAUUGUGCCGCGGCGACUGGCCGCUGGAGAUAAAUCGAAACAAGAUGGUGAGAAAAAGAAGAAAAAAGAGAAAGGUGUUAAAAAUUUUGGUCUUCUAUCGUUCGGUGAUGAGGCGGAGGAGGAAGAGCUAGAAACCAAAGUGUACGUGCAGAAGAUUGCACCAGGACGUGGAAAGUCUUCACACGACGUACUGGAUGACCCCAAUUUGAGCAAGCAAACAAGUACUACUUCGGUUAGCGAAGUGAAAAAGCGACGAAAUUCCAUCGACAGUAACCAAGAAGAUUCUUCGUCUAAUGGUGACCAAGAGUCCGGUGAUCGUGACUCAUCAUCGAAACGAUCUCUGAACCAUGAUGUAAAUAGCAUCCGCGAAAAAUUGAAGCAUAAACCAGACGAUCCUAAGCGGAGUAAAAAUCCAGCACUGGACCCAGCUGGUCAGGAAUCUGAUUCUGAUUCCGAUUAUGGACUAGGUAGCGACCGGAAGAAAGCUAAACAAGAGCAAGCUGAAAAAAUCCGACAAGAAAUAAACCAACUCAAGCGCGACUUUCACUCGGAUAAACGCGCCAAAGACAAGCACAAGGAAAGCGAACAGAAGAAAGCAUCUAAAAAGGCACCCCGCAACGAAGUGAUGAAUGAGGUGCUGAGGGUGCAGGAAGAAUACUCGCAGAAAACCAAACAGCUUCCCAAGAAAGGUAGUUCGAGAGAAAACUUUACCAUGGAGCUGUUGCAAAAGUUUAAAACUAAACUCCAUUCCGCUCACGAACGGGAUACGGAAACACCGAACGGCGGGAACGCAUCGGCUGAACGUGACGAAGAGGAAGACAUCCGUGGAGACAAUUGGCUAGCGCACCGAUUGGAGUUUGAGAGGAAGGAUCCCAUAUUGGCGAAGGAUGCUGCAACGAAAGACGACGACUGGUACGACGUGUACGAUCCUCGCAAUCCUCUGAACAAACGAAAGCGCGGAGAGAAAAUAGAUCGUUCUCAGAAGCCACGGAAAUAA